CUGCCGGUUCUCUUCCCGCCACCAGGGGUGUUUUCGGAGCUCCGCCUCCGGCGGGAGCGAAACCGACAAUGUUGACGCCGACAUCGGUGGAGCUACCGGCGGGGACAGGGGACGGUGCUGCCGGUACUUCAUCUGCUGUCGCUCCUGCUGGAAAGGUUGUGAGUGAUUGUGACGAUGCUGUGGUGGGUGAGCUAGGUACUCCUGCUCCCCGGCACGCUGCGACUUCGCCGGCCCCAGCAGAUGGUGAGCCUGUAGUCGAGCAGGGAAUGAACCCUGCGACUGGAACGAGCUUGCCACGUCAGGCGCCGCAGCAGGAGUCUGUCGGAGAGAGAGAGGACGACGAGGAGCAAGCGCCCAGGGGGACAAAGAGGAGAAGAGGGAGGGAGGAGGACCAGCAGCAGGGAGAAGGAGGAGGAGGAAAACAAGGAGGAAGGAGGGGGGGGACAAGGAGGGAACGAAACGAGCAGGAGAAGGGGGAGGAGAAGGAGGAGGGAGAGGAGGAGCAAGGAGGGGGAGGGAGGGGGGCGGGAGAAGGAGCAGGUUGAGGGGGGGGCGCGAGUAGAUUGGUGAGUCAAGACAGAAAGAAAGCAACACGACUGAGGACAUUGGACACCAGACUCCGAUACCAUAUGCGAGAGUUGAAAUCGGGGAGCACUGCAGGGGAGCAUCGAAGAGGAUAUCUUGUAGCCAGAGGGUUCGCCAUCGGAGGAGGAGAAGGAGGAAGAUGAAGUUGUGUUCGUAUUUGGGUAGCCGUAGCGUUCAUUGACCACCAGAACCUUGACCUUCUUCAGGGUGCGUGCGUGUGGUGGAUGCACACAUGUACCCGCAUCAACGCAUGCGACUUUACAAUGUAUGGGCAACUGGGUUCUGGC